AUGGCCGUUAAUGCUGAGACAAACGCAGCAUCCAGGGUCACUUCCGAGGACAUUGAACGAUGGCAGCGCCUGUUCGACUUCUCUCCACCCGAAGCAAAAAGCAAGAUCGAGGGAUAUCGCGCUGAUCUUGCUCGCGACCAUCUGUCUAAUGAUCACUGGGCCGAGAUAGCGGCCGAAAAGGAAGCGGCAGGAUUUGACCGCGAAUCGUACGAAUACAGUCUGACUAUGAACGAAGUCAGAAAGGCACCAGCAACAACAGCUUCCAAGGGUAAGUUCCUCAUCAAGCUUAACGACUUGCUCGCCCUACAAGCUCAAUACCACGAAGCACUAGUGUCAGGGAUGCUGGAGGUCUCAAUUGGCAAGAACAAGGAUGGCAAGAACGAGAAGUUCGCCACGGUGGAUGGUUCAAUCACGGACAAGCUUGUCGACUGGGCGUCAGCUAAAGGAUAUCGGCCAACGAUCAUCAGGCUUGACAUUGCGGCCAAGGCACUCAACGACCACAACAUCGGACCAAUGUUGGGAGUUAAUUCGAGCCUGCCUCAGUACCGCCUCGAUGAGUCUGCCCAUGUAGACGACCGGGACCCUGCGCCGCGACAGAAUGAGUAUCCCGUGUGGUACUUCUUCUACGGAACUCUUUCUGAGCCCAGUGUCCUCUCGAAGGUAUUGGACCUGCCGGAGCAUGUGGAGCCGACAUUAUCUAGAGCAAGCCUCAUCGGGGGAAGGCUCAGGACCUGGGGAGGCAAGUAUCGUGCGCUUGUCGAUGACUUCGGACGUUAUGCGGCGCCUCGUGUGCAAGGAAGAGCUUACUGUGUCAAGUGA